GUUGGCUCGGGGACCGGGGCUGCCUUUCGCGGGCGGGAGCAGGGGCGGAUGGCCGGAACGGGACCCUUGAGGCCGGUGGCUUCCCCUGGGUACUGGUGGGUGAGGACUCGAGCGGGCCGCUCGCCGCUCCUGAAACUGGCCAGGCAGCGAGGGAACGUCCGAGCGGUUGGCGGCGGGUGGUCGUUGACGACCAGCGUGCGGGACCGGCCUUCCCGGGAGAGUGGAGUCCGAGGAGGCCGUAGAGGGAGCCCGGCGCUCCUUCGCACGACCCCGCUGCGCCGCGAGGACCUGGGGCUUGGGGCUGGGCGCUGCGCUUGGCUAGGCUCCGUCCCAGCCCGCGGUGCGGCUGUGUGGGCAGAGCACCCUCCUCCUGCAAACGCAGGCGUGUGGGCUGGUCACCUGAGACGUGCCGUGACCUUUGUGCUGCUCCUGUUUUUCAGCGUCACAGCCCUUUUCUCCAUACCGCCGGUACCUCGGUUGCCUCACGCCCCUCAGGCCCACCUCCCGGGAGGUUGUUCCCCUGUGCUGUGGUGGAAAAAGUGGGCCUCAGAGUAGAUAGGCCUGGGUUCUAGUUCCAACUUGGGACGCUGAGCUUAAGCCUCGGGCUUCUUCCUGUGAGGAGAGGAUAAUAGCCUGCUCCUGCAGAGCAGAGUAGUCAAGUGCCUUGGACGGUGGCUGCUGUCUCUGUGUUCUGUGGACGUUUUUCCUUCAUUCUUUCGUUUUUUAAAGAAAUAUGUGUGCGCCCCUGUUUUAUGGUUCUCUUCCUUCCCCCCACCUCAUCUCCCUUCCUGGCCAACUCCAACCUGCCCUCUUCCCAGGACCCCUUUGCCACUUGCUUCCGGGGCAUCACCUGUCACAUUUACUAUCACCAGUGCUUCAGGCUUUUAGCGCCUGGUAGGUGAAGACCGUGUCCGCAUUCAUUGGUCCCAAGGACAUGGGAGUCACUGGGCUUUUCUCUCCUCCCGACCCAGGCAUUUGCAGCUGGGACCCAUCCUGUAGGUUGGCUGAUCAAAGAGGAAAAAGCAGCAGUGUCUGCCAUGGGGGCUACAGCUCCAUACCUGCAUCACUCAGGUGACAGUAACAGAGGCCGGGUGAGUUUUCUGGGGGCCCAGCUCCCCCCAGAACUGGCAGCAAUGCCCCGGCUCCUGGGGGACCUGGACAGGGGCACGUUCAGGAAGUUGUUGAAACUGGUGGUUAGCAGCCUGCAAGGAGAGGACUGCCAGGAGGCUGUGCAGCGCCUUGGGGCUGGUGCAGACCUGCCGGAGGAGCGGUUGGCUGCACUGCUAGCUGGCACACACACCCUGCUCCAGCAAGCGCUCCGGCUGCCCGCCACCAGCCUGAAGCCCGAUGCCUUCAAGGACCAGCUCCAGGAGCUCUGCAUCCCCCAAGACCUGGUCAUGGACUUGGCCAGUGUGGUGUUUGGAAGCCAGCGGCCUCUCCUCAACUCUGUGGCCAGGCAUCAGGGGGCCUGGCUGCCCCAUGUUGCCAACUUGAGGUGGAGGGUGGAUGUGGCGAUCUCCACCAGCACCCUGGCCCGCUCCCUGCAGCCAAGUGUCCUGAUGCAGCUGCAGCUUUCGGAUGGGUCAGCCCACCGCUUCGAGGUCUCCUCAGCCAAGUUCCAGGAGCUGCGGUACAGUGUGGCCCUGGUCCUGAAGGAGAUGGCUGACCUAGAGAAGAGGUGUGAGCACAGAUUGCAGGACUGAGGGACUGCCAGGCUUGUGGUCCCUGGGGGGUUUCUGGCAGGCAGGCAACUCCAAGGCAAAGCCUGCCUUCCCAAGUGGCACUCUUCAUAUAAAGUACAUAUGAUGUUAUUCUCUGUUUAAUUGAAAAAGACAGCUGUAUCUUCAUUUUUUGGAAGUAAAGUACUGUAAAAACA